CUGGCCUCAAGUCAAGCCCCACGAAGCGGGCGCGCUCUCUCCUUCGACAACAACCAGAUAGACCUUCGUACCUCAGGAGGAUGGCCGCAAACCCAACACCACUUGCUCUCUCCACGGGUCUGUUGACAUCGUUCGCAUUCCGGCGCUUUGAGCCACGGCGUCCACUGUUCAUUUUUUCGCUGCUGUUCAUCCCGCCGCUUUUCCUCGCUGCCAUUGCUUCAUCCGGUUUGGGACCCCUUCAACGCGUGCAAACAGUAGCCAAACAUGUCGUGCUACAUCUUGCAUCUCUCGUCAUCUCCACCGUCGCGUAUCGCGUUUCACCUUUCCAUCCCCUCGCAAAAUACCCAGGUCCUUGGAGAUGCAAAGUUACGCGUCUAUGGGCGCUGAAAAUCGCCAAUGGGGGUAAUCAGCACCGUUACUACCACGCCCUCCAUGAAAAAUUUGGGCCGGUAGUGAGGUCGGGUCCGAACCAUCUGCACGUACGCGAUCGAAGCGCCAUACCUAUAGUUAUGGGAAGAGAAUUUCGCAAGGGAGGACGUUACGAGUCUAAUCGCCUUCCCGGCUCGCAAGGCGCGCUGCUCACCAUCUCCGAUCCACAUCUCCAUUCGCAGAGAAGGAGAAUAUGGGAGCGAGCGUUCACACCCACCAAUAUCAAGGAAUAUGAAGAGGUGGUCCGACGGCGAGCAAAUGAGCUUGUGAAACAGCUUCGGAGUAAGAAGGGUUCCGCGUUGGACCUUAGCUCGUGGAUAACCUACCUUUCGUUUGAUGUGAUGGGCGACGUAGCGUACGGCGGCCUAUUCAAUCUUGUAUCUGAUGGAGGGGACAAGUUAGGCUUCAUUGCGCGCAUGAACCACGGUGUCAAGCAGCAAGAAGUCGCCGGAACCAUCGAAUGGCUGGCGCCGUUUGUGCUCUGGCUUCCGCAAAUCAAGGCCGCCAGCGCUCGCAUGUAUGCAAUGGGCCGCCGGGCACUGGAUGCACGCAUGAAACAGGGCACAACUCGGAGGGAUCUAUUCUAUUAUCUUCUGGACGAGGACAAAACUGGAAACGGAGGCGCAGAGCCUCUGAACGAUGUGACGCUGAUGGUAGAGGCCAGCUUUGCUAUCGUCGCAGGCUCUGACACAACUGGGACGGCGCUCUCCAAUGCCUUCUACUAUCUACUCACUCAUCCACCCGUGUAUCGUCGCCUGCAAGGAGAGGUCGACGCGGCCUACGCAAACUCUGGAGACGGCGAAAACGUGGAUCCUGCCGUCCUUUCCGAAAUGCCAUACCUGAACGCGGUGAUUAACGAGACGCUCAGGAUGCAGCCUGCACUGCCUAACGGUGUUCAGCGGCGCAAGCCCUUCGGCAGCGGAGAUAUCACGGUUGGGGCUUAUCGCAUUCCUGCUGGAACUACGGUGCAGAUUCCUAGCUACUCCAUUCAUCGUGACCCGAGAUACUUCUAUCCAGAACCAAAUACUUUCAUUCCGGAACGAUGGAUCACUGGUGCCGAUAUCACAAAGGCGCAUGGUUUCGCACUGGAUAAGGACGCUUACAUCCCGUUCAGCUACGGUGCGACCAAUUGCGUUGGUCGUCCUCUCGCCCUCCUCGAGCUUCGUGCCAUCAUUGCGACAUUGGUACAUCUGUUCGAUUUUACUCUAGCCGAGAACGAGGGAUGGUCGAAGGAUAACUGGGAGAAAGAUCUCAGGGAUGCGUUCGUGCUACUGAAAGGCCCGUUGAUGGUCACUGUUCGGGAGAGGCUCUGA